UCAAACAAGCAUUUGCUGCGAUAAUAUAAUAGUGAUAUAUAAUACAAAAUUACAUAACUAUUCUGUGGACGCAGCUAAAGAGACACGUAUUUUUAUUCAUAAUAGCGAAUUUAUUAUUCAAAGCUCUAUAAAUCCAUAUAAUAUGGUUAAGGUGGAAGUGCAGCAAGGCUGGUUGGAAGGAGAACAACUGGAAACGAGCACUGGUGAUGGGAAGUACUACAGUUUUAAAGGAAUACCGUACGCAGCGCCGCCCGUCGGUAAAUUGAGGUUUAAGGCGCCACAACCACCUCUGCCAUGGGAUGGUGUCAGGAAAGCUACAAAACAUGGACCCAUUUGUACUCAAUACAACAUUCUUACAAAUGAAUAUCUCCCCGGCAGUGAAGACUGCCUCUAUCUCAAUAUUUAUACUCCUGAGAUUAAGCCUCCAAAACCAUUACCGGUCAUGUUCUUCAUCCAUGGUGGCGCCUUCAAAAGUGGAUCAGGAAAUGACGAUUACUACGGCCCUGAUUUUCUUGUAAGCCAUAACGUUGUUUUAGUUACUAUUAACUACAGGCUCGAAGUCUUGGGAUUCUUAUGCCUCGACACACCAGAGGUCCCUGGAAACGCUGGCUUGAAAGACCAAGCCUUAGCUCUGAAAUGGGUCAAUCAAAACAUAAGACAAUUUGGAGGCGAUCCAAAUAAUAUCACGAUCUUUGGAGAAAGCGUUGGUGGGGCUUCCACUAUCUUUCAUGUUCUAUCGCCUUUAUCAAAAGGACUGUUCCAAAGAGCUAUAUCAAUGAGCGGUGUGCCAUCUUGCGACUGGGCGUUAUCAUUUGAACCUAGAAAGAAAGCGUUUAUUCUUGGAAAACAAUUAGGCUUCGACACCAAUGACGCCGAUAAACUAUUGGAGUUCCUUCAAAGCGUUCCAGUUGAGAAACUCGUCGACACAAACCCUUCUGUAUUGGCUUUCGAGAAUGUCACAUUGAACAUAUUAAAGACGUAUCAUUUCACGUUUGUAGUUGAAAAAGAUUUUGGCCAAGAACAUUUCCUUACAGAAACUCCGGCGAAUGUUGUCAAAACAGGAAAAACGAACAAUGUUGACAUUCUUAUAGGUUACACAAGUCAAGAGAGUUUGAUCGCGCUCAAACUUUACGAAAGUUCUUUACUCAAAGAAUACGAUAGGUGGGACGAGUUAUUUGUUCCGAGAGAAAUUUUACUGGAAGGCACGCCUAAGAAAAUUUUGGAAAUCUCAAAACGUAUACACGAACAUUACUUUGGGAGGAAAUUAAUUAAUUUGGAAACUAUGAAGGAGUUUAUUGAUUACUCCUCGGAGUGUAAUUUCACAUAUGAUAUUUGCAGAUUUAUCAAAAAUUACUCGAGAUAUAUCAAGACGUCUAAACUAUAUGUAUACAAAUUUUCUUGUACAUCGGAACGAAAUCUUUAUGGUAAUGAAGGUGCCAAAUAUGGCAUAUCAGGAGCGGCACAUUUAGAUGAUCUUAUGUAUUUAUUCGACGCGAAAUCUCUGAAUCUAAAGAGUGAUAAAAAUAGUAAAGCCUAUAAAAUGAUAAAGCAAACUUGCACGCUGUUUACCAACUUCGCAAAAUACGGAAAUCCAACACCGGACUCGUCACUUGGCAUCACAUGGAAGCCGUACGACAGCAGUCAGGAUAACUACUUGAAUAUAGACGAGAAACUAACGCCCGGUACCCAGUUGGACGCAGAAAUGUUUAAUUUCUGGAAAGGAAUUUAUGAAUACGCAGGAAUAGAGUUCUAAUUGCGUCAUUUCACCGCCAUAUCUUUUAAAAGUGAAGAGGCAUCCAUAAAACACGUACUAAUGUUAAAAAAAAAUAUUCAGACUCUCUUCUGACUGAGAUUUGGUGAAAAUAUACCCAUUUUCAUAUUCUUUUUAUAUUAUUAUCAGCACCGUACAACUGCCAUAAACUAAAAUUUCAUCCCAACCGUCUGGACGAGUGGCGGUCCUCCACCGUGCGUUUUUCAAGGCACUUUCUUCCACGCACAACCACUCUUUGGAAUCAACAUCCAGCAGCAAAAUUUCCGAACUGAUACGACAACAUGACCUUCAAGAAAAGAGCAUAUUCCUUUUUAAAAGCAGCGCACCUGCAAUGCCGUUAGUGUGAUCAUGGGCGGCGGUAGUCACUUACCACCAGGUGAGCCGCAUGCUCGUUUGCCCCCCGUGUUGUAAAUAAAAAAAAAAUAUUAAAUUGACAUAUUGAUAUAAUUUGCUUGAUUUACUGUAAUAAAAUAAGAUGACAAUAAACGUGGACGUUAAUUUUAUUUAUAUCCUUCCACACAAAUUAAAAAUACAUGAAAUACGUCGUUUCCCAUCAUCUGUAUGCUUAGGUCUUUUAAACAACGCAACAGAUUUUAAUGCGAUUUUCAUCAACAAAUAGAGUAACUCAAGAGUCCUUUUUUUAUACAACUUAGAAUAGAAUGGAACAGAGGUACUCAAGCAAUCGACUUUUGUACAAAGUCUCCCUCUGUAAAGUACCUCUGUCCCAUUCAUGUUUCAACCGUGAAGCAGUUGUGUUUGCAUGGCUGUGUUUCGGUUUGAAGGAUGGGAUAU